AUGGCUCUUGCUGUCGACCUCUUCGAGAUUUUCUUUGCAAUUGUUUCUCUUUUGGGUUUGAUAUUCACGGCAGUUUCCAUUUACCUGGUUUACAUUCACUGGAAGUUCAGCCAUAUCCCGGGACCAAAGAGGGACAGUUUUUUCCUUGGUAACGUACCGCUUAUUCGCCGAGAGCGAGAAAAGGGAAAAAUAAUGGGUGAAUUGAUGCAAGAAUUGCAUAAUAUUUACGGCCCAAUAGUUUUGAUGUGGGGCUUUCACCGGCCUUUCCUUUUCGUUUCUGAUCGAGAACUCGCUAAAAAGUGUCUUAUUACGCUAAAUCUGCCAAAAAAUCCCAAGGCUUAUGUGAACCUUGGCUAUCCAUUCGGUCACCGAUUGGCAGGCCGCGGUUUGGUAACAGAGACCGAUCAUGGCGUUUGGCAAAAGCAAAGAGCACUGUUAAAUCCGGCGUUCCACCGCCGUUAUUUAAUGAACUUGAUGUCCGCGUUUAACAACAGCUGUGACUUGUUUCUGGCCAAGCUGGAUGAGAUGGCAGAUGGAGAAACUGUUGUAAAUAUGGCAGAAGAAUUUGCACGGGUCACACUGGAUGUUAUUGGAAAGGUAUUCAAUUCAACCUCACGUACUCAAGAAUAUACACUGUAAAAAGCUAAACCCCACCACAGCAGUGGCUGCACUGCUAAGUGCCAGUAAGCCAUGUGGCCCAGGGCGGGGGGGAGGGUACUCUGGGAUUUCAAGUGACAGGGAUGAUCGGAUAGGGGCAAAAAUUGAAACCAAAAAAAAUCCCUGGACCAAAAUUUAACCCCAAAACAAUCCUAUGCUGAAUUUCCAAGCCACAAAAAUUUCCAGAACACAAGUACAAUUGCAAAACAAGUUGCUAAAAUUUUCUUACCCAAAAAAUUCCCAAUAUCAAAAAUUUCAACCCCCCCAAAAAUCCUUUGAUCAUCCCUGUCACUUGAAAUCUGGAGUACCCCCCAGGGUCAUGUAGCUGCAUAGCCCCAUAGCCAUUUAGCCACAUAGCCACCUAGCCAAGUGUAUGCCUUGUUCUUUAAGCCCACAGUGGUACUGAAGCCUUAUUAAGACACAUAGCCACUUAGUCAUGUAUCUAGGUAGCCUCAUAGCUGUAUAGCCGCAUAGUAAUUUAUCUGUCUUGUUCUUAAUAAGGCCAAUGCAGAAUUUAAAGCCACAUGACCACAGUCCAGCUUUUGGAGUGGUCAGGUAUUCUGUAGCCUGCCUUACAGCCGGCCCAUGCAUCAUCCAAAUCUUUUGUAUGGACUGUCUGCAAAUUAGUGAACAAAAGCAGAGUAGCAAGGAUAUACAGCUGUUUCGAGAAAGGUUGUCAGAAGAAAUGCGCCUUCAACAAUCCCGAAAGGUAAUAUGGGAUAUGAUCAAUACACUGUUCGUAAUGACUGAAGCUGUCGAACCUACUUUUGUUGCUUUUCUUUAGCACUCACAAACAUAUGUCCGUGGCCUCCUGUAUCAUUCUUUCAAAUUUCUUUGAAGAACAGUGCCCUCAAAGCCACCCACAAUACCUUUCGGGAUUGUCACGUGUGCUUUUUCCAACAGCCUUUGUUCAAAAUUUGAAGAGAAAUGCUCAUAUACAGCUAUUUAAUAGCUGUAUAUGAGCAUUUCUGACAGGCAGGCCUCUUAUGGCAAGGAGCGUUUACGGUAAACAAUGAAAGAACAGUUUGAACUAGAAAGUCUUCUUCCGAACAACAACAACAGAGCCAUCACUCGGGGGGGGGGGUUGUGGGCAGCUGCCCCCCUGGACCUUUUGAGCCAGAAAAAUCAAGUCUGUGGAUGUAUUUGUUCUGUUUAGACUCAGUAAUUUUGAUUGUAGUGACUUGCAAUAAUUGUUUGCCAUUUUCAAACUGGAGACAUCUUUAUAGGUUAGUUAGCCAAAUGUCAUGCAGUAUUGUGAAAUGUUUAGUGUACUAGUGCUUGGAUAUACCUUGUGUUUCAAAUUAACAGGACCUUGGAAAUAAGCACUUGUAAGCACUGAAAACACAUGCCUUUUCACACCUCUUUGAGGUCGAUUUUUCGUAGACAUAUCUCAUGACAAGGGCUGAAAAUAGCAUUUCAGAGCCUCCAAAUCUAAAAAUAUUCUGGAGGAGGAUACCCCAGACCCCCCUACAAGGCUCAUGCCUUUGGCACUUGCAUUAAUGCCCCCCUGUUACAAAAAAGCUAGCUACGGCCCUGAACAAAAUGCUUUGAGAAAAUUCCAUCAAGGCCAAAAUGUGUUUGUAAAUUUGUCGAUUGGUUUUCCAGUUUCUUCCAAUUGCUGCAAAUGCACUGCCACGUAUUCUGCAAUCUAGCUGACAGCUCUCGCGUUAAAACAAAUCAGGAAAUCACGAUGUUCCCAGACAAAAAACUAUACACACAUAGCUAUUCAGGUAUUUUGGAGAACUAACCAGCUUCAUAACCUCUAAAUGUGCGACUCAAAGCAGCAAAAAUAAUACAUGCUCAGUCAAAGUUUAGAAUACUUCAUGCACUGCAUAAUCUGUUCUCUAAGAGAGAAAGGAAGAAAAACCUCUGUUGUUCAGGCUGACUCUAAGACCACGUUUCACGCUAUCAUGAGCUCAUUCUCUCUUGCCAUGAGUCAGGCUAGGCCUGUCAACACUUUAUUUCAAAUCAGACUAAAAACAAACUGUGUAAAAAAAUUAGCUAUUCAAAAACACCAACAUAUGUGGUUGCAACUCUGCGAGAUUUGACCAUGAUAUUGUGCACUAAUUUGCAGAUGCUCUUUACAGAAGGUUUUGCGUACAUGUGAUGCAGGCUAGUAUUCUGCCGUUGCUUCCAACUUAACAGUGUAUUUUUGUGAGUAUGUAGGUUCGCUAUAUCGAGGUUCCACUGUAUAUGUCUUGUUCUUCAAUAAGCCCAAUGCAGCUCUUAAAGCCACAUAGCAGUGUAGCCACAUAGCCAGUCCAGCCUUUGAGUGGCCAGGUAUUCUGCAGUUACUCUAAAGUGGUAUUAAUGAUCCUUUUACAGGUUGCUUUUGACAUUGAUGUCAACGUUAUAAGAGAUCCUAACAGUCCAUUUCCAUCAGCAGUUUCCAAAGGUCUAAAGGGGGCCCAGGAAAGCAUACGUACUCCAUUUCCCCAGCUGUUCGGGUUGGUAUUUCCAUCCCAGUCAGGUUUGGCCGAAGCAAUAAAAUUCAUUCGUGAGUUUGCAGGGAAUGUUAUCAAGGAAAGACAGGAAGCUGUUUUGAGAGGAGAUGAAACUCCCAACGAUAUACUUGCUCACAUCUUAAAAGUAGCAGAAUCAGAGUCCAGCUUAAGUUUUGAAGAUCUGAUUGAUCAGUUUCUCACAUUUUUUGUUGCAGGUAAGACAUUUUAUCAAUUUGGGUGGAUUUUUUGUGGAGUUGAACUAAUAGGUGGAACCUAUUGUUUACAUGUGUCUCGGAAAGUUUGAUCCUGUCUUGAAAACUUUUGAGGCAUCUUUGAAGAGAAGAUGACGCCCUAUUUUUUUAUGUUUCCUCUUAUUUUGCCGUCAUCUACUUUUUGCUUUGUUUGUUACCCCUAUCUUUGUCCUUUUAUAGGUCAGGAGACCACUUCAAACCAGUUAUCUUUCACUCUUUUUGAAAUACUAAAGCACCCCGAUGUUGAAAACAGGUAUUUAUAUAUACACUAGUGUAGAUCAGAUUAUUAGAAAGACUGGAUCAGCAUGAUCUGAAUCUUCUACUAAACAUUUCCAAUUACAUUAUAAAACUGUUUGACAUACAGAUUGAUGUUGGCCGGUUGCAUUUUUAAAAUUCUUGCAAAAAAAAUUGUAGCUGUCUUUUGUUUGCUCCUGUCCUUAGAAGUUUGUAUGUAUCUGACCCUAACAAACAUUAAUAAGGUUUCUUAGGGUAAGAUACCUAUAAACUUCUAAGGACAGGAAGACCAUUAAUGUUGAUUGUUUUGCAUAGAAUUGUUCAAGAAAUUGAAACUGUGCUUGGCUCCCGCCAGUUUGUGGAACACAAAGAUCUUGGAAACCUUCAGUAUCUGGGACAGACACUCAAGGAAGGCCUCCGCCUUCACCCACCUGUCGGGGGGACAACAAGAAUCACUACAAAGGAAGAAAACCUUGGAGGAUUAACCAUACCUGCAGGAACCUCAAUCAACGUUAGUUGGUUCAUAUUGCAGCGUCUUUCAGAUGCGUGGUCAGAACCAGAGAAGUUUGAUCCUGACAGGUUCUCCCCUGACAAGCCAAUUCCACCGUCUGUUUACUAUCCAUUUUCCGUUGGACCAAGGACCUGCAUUGGACAAACCUUUGCUCAGUUUGAGGCACGAGUACUUAUGGCUCGAUUGCUGCAGGAGUUUGAGUUGACAUUGUUACCAGGGCAAAAUAAAAUGAUACAUGAAGAAAGGCUGACGCUUAGACCGAAGGGUGGUGUCCUGUGCACCAUCAAGAGAAGAGGGCUCAAACAGGAAUAG